AUGAGUCCGCCAGAUAAUUCUGUAUAUGGAGUCGAGCAGGAUUCCGGGGUUCAUUCCGACACGUCUCGGCGACAGAAAGAAAACGAAAGUCCUAAUUCCAGCCUCAACCCCAAUGCCAGUCCAAGAAGUGUACAUGGUUGGAGAUGGGCUGCUGCCGUUGCAGCUCUCUAUGUUGGAGCGCUCAUCUACGGCCUCGAUGGCACUAUCGCUGCAAAUAUCCAAACCUCCAUCAUCGAAGAAUUCGGUAAUGUCGAGAAGCUCACGUGGAUUGGCACUGCCUUCCCUCUCGGCUCCGUGUGUGCUAUAUUACCUGGAGCUUCUCUGUACACCAUUUUCAAUCUUAAAGCUAUGUUCAUCGGGAGCAUUGUUCUGUUCGAAGCUGCAUCUGCGCUCUGCGGUGCAGCACCCACAAUGGAGGCUCUUAUCAUCGGUAGAGCAUUUGCCGGUGUGGGCGGGACAGGAAUCUUUCUUGGGAUUCUGAAUUACUUUUCUCUCUGCACGACCGAACAAGAACGUGGCCGCUAUAUUUCGGGUAUUGGCGUAGUUUGGGGAUUGGGUGCCGUCCUUGGGCCCGUUGUAGGAGGAGCUUUCGCUACGUCUUCUGCGACAUGGCGAUGGGGCUUCUACAUCAACCUUGCGGUUGCCGCAAUCUGUGCACCAGUGUACAUCCUCUAUCUUCCUCCGGUCACACCAAAUGGCGCUACCGACACCCCCAUCCUCCAAAAGCUCAAAGAUCUAGACUGGACUGGAUUCGUUGGUGGCACCGGAGCAGCAGUGUCCCUGACCAUGGUCUUGACUUUUGCAGGCUCAUCUUGGAACUGGAAUGAUGGUCGUACAAUUGCAAUGUUCGUCGUUUCGGGAGCAUUGCUCAUUCUGACGCUCCUACAACAACGCUUCGCCAUAUUCACCACUCAUGAGACGCGCAUGUUUCCCCCACAACAUAUUCUCUUGAGCAGGACACAAAUGCUAUUAGGUUGCAACACUGCAUUGGCUGCUACUAACAUCUUUGUCCCGAUCUAUUACAUCCCUCUUUAUUUUGCCUUUACGAAAGGUGAUUCAGAACUGAUGGCUGCUGUACGCCUACUCCCCUUUAUCUGCUUUCUCGCGACACUAAAUAUGGCUUCGGGCUCCCUUCUUCCAAGGGUCAACUACUACUGGGGGUUGUACUUGAUAGGUGGAGUCCUUAUGACAAUCGGUAGUGCAACCAUGUUCACAGUCACCCCCGAUACUCCCAUGGCAAAUGUUUACGGGUACAGCAUCAUACUGGGAGCUGGUACAGGUCUGGUUAACAACCUCGGCUUCACAGUCGCGGGUGUUACAAUCAUGGCGGAAACAGGCAACGGGCUGAAUAUCCAACGUGUCAUCUCUAUGCAGAACCUUUCACAACUUGGUUUUCAGACACUCAGCUUACUCAUCGGAGGCCAGAUUUUCCAAAGUCUUUCGAUGAGGAACCUCACACAAGUUUUCAGGGGCCUAGGGUUCUCCCAGGCAGAGAUCAGGAGCGUCAUCACAGGAACUCGUAGUGCACUGUUCGCACGUCUGACUCCCGCCUUACAGGAAGAAGCCAUCGCGGCCAUCACGAAUGCCAUGAGUCGAGUGUACAUUCUUAGUAUAGCCGCUGGCGCGAUCACGACGAUUUGUGCGCUACUGAUGAAAAAAGAGAAGCUAUUCCCAAUUGCAGGAGAGAAGAUGGUUAUUGCAGGCGGAGCUUAA